GAAGUCGAUACAUAUGCGAUGAGAAACAAUUAUUACCCUUUCUUGAUCUCCAUUUAUGUGAAUCUGAUAUCGAUGAUAUUUGCAUGAUUAAGAUGCAGAAUAUAUUUGUAGCAGACGAAGAAUGCCUGGCAACAAGAGCUUAACGAGAAGUUUGGGAACUAAGACUGCAUUCUCAAGAAACGGGGAUCUGCAGCCCUUCAGGAACCAAGAUGAGUCUGAUUUGGGAGGCGUCAGUGGCAAUCAUCAGCGCAUACCACAUGUACCAGAUGUACAUGGGGAGCCACAAGAGAUUGUCUCACCAGGGCCAGUUCAGACCCACCUGUUGAUCACAUCUCUCCUAGAACAGAUGUGCGUCAUGGCUGUUAAGGAUCCACACAUGGCGGAUCAACUUUUUAACAAGAUAUGUCAACAGUUGGCAAAGUUGAGGGUUAUCUCCUCUGACCUUCACAGAUGA